CGUUGGUCACAUGUUAGCAGGUCGGAGAGUUGUACAAGCCUCAGAAGCGCGAGCCCGCGUGUGCCGAUCUUUCAGUGUGAGCUGCACUUUAACCCGGUUAGCCGCACAAUGUUCAGAGCCGCCCUUCGACUCUCAUUCUCCGGUGCUCGGAGUCUAACAAGGUCACGGCCACAGAAUACAGCUUCACUAGCUGCCCGUUCUUAUUCCCAUGGCAAACAGGAGACAGAUGAAGAGUUUGAUGCCCGCUGGAUCACUUACUUCAACAAACCAGACAUUGAUGCUUGGGAGCUGAGGAAAGGAAUGAACACUUUGAUUGGUUACGACUUGGUACCUGAGCCAAAGAUCCUGGACGCAGCCCUGAGAGCCUGUCGGAGGUUAAACGAUUUGGCCAGUGCCAUCCGCAUCCUUGAAGCAGUGAAGGACAAAGCUGGCCCACACAAAGACAUCUACCCCUAUGUUAUCCAAGAGAUUCGGCCUACCCUUGAUGAGCUUGGUAUCACAACACCUGAGGAACUUGGCAUUGACAAAGCAUAGAUGUCUGCUGUUGUGAGUCUUCCAAGGGACUGCUGCUCUUGUCCGAAAGGAGUAGACCACUGUAUUUGAAGUCUUUGCGUCGUGUCAUGGUGUUUGUGUUAUAUUUAAUUGGCCUUUAUCAUGUUCUUUUGCUUGUAAAAUAUUGAUUGACCUAAUAAAGGGAGAUAUAUCUUUA